AUGGAUGAUACAGAUUUUAUCUUUGAUUCAUUUGAAUCAGCAAUUAUUGAUUAUACACCAGAUGUAUUGAAUCAGUUUAAUCCAUUUGAAGAUUUUAUUCAGUUUACUCAACAGCCCGAAAUUUCAUCCGAAGUUGUAAACUUUUCAAGCAUAGUGAAUUUUGAGAACGACGAACAGAAAAAGCAAAAAGAGUUAAUUUGUUGUGUUUGUGGCGACAAAGCCUAUGGUUUUAAUUUUAAUCAAAUAACAUGCAAAAGCUGUAAAAUGUUGUUUCAUAUGUACGUCCAGAAAAAUAUACAUGAGUAUAUCAUAGCUUGAAGUAGAGAAGUAUCUGAUGAAUGAUUUAAAAAGCAUUUUUCAGACGAAAUGCUCUACGACAUAAUGUAGGUAUAAACUAUAAACUAACACGUAUAUAGGCAUGCACCAAUUUCGGUUAACCGAAGCCGAUCAUAACCGAAAAUGUUGCACAAGUUCUUAAAAAUACAUUUGACAGAAUAUGAAGGAAGCAUAGUUCAAUCAACAACUGUUCAUUCAGGAAGAAAGACGCACGGUGUACAAAGUCAGAAAUAAGCCAAAUAGAUGGUAUUUCUAACUUUUCACCAUGAAGGAAGAGUUUCUCGAAACUGAGUUUAGCAACAAAACUAUAGCAAAUUUAAUUUCCUAGAUUUUAUUUGCUGGGCGCACCUUUAUACAAAUCCAUUUUCACGAUGAAAAGCAGUAUAUAUCAGUUUUCAUCGUGAAAAUGGAUUUGUAUAAAGGUGCGCCCAGCAAAUAAAAUCUAGGAAAUUAAAUUUGCUAUAGUUUU